AUGGCGCCGAAGCAGAGAGCAGCAAGGAAGGUCGGCAGGAACCCUGAACUGGUGCGGGGGAUCGGGAAGUACUCUCGGUCUCAGAUAUUGACCUAUCUUAGGGUUAGAUUAUUGAUCCAAUUGAUCUUAUAUGUUUCAUUAUUUUAUCACGUUUUCAGGGCUAGCAUUACUCCUGGGACAGUGUUGAUUCUUCUUGCUGGAAGAUUCAAGGGGAAGAGAGUUGUGUUCCUCAAGCAGCUUCCUUCUGGGCUGCUUCUUGUGUCUGGACCCUUCAAGAUUAAUGGAGUUCCGUUGAGACGUGUGAAUCAGUCGUAUGUUAUUGCCACAUCAACCAAAGUAGAUGUGUCUGCUUGUAACGUGGAGAAAUUCGAUGACAAAUACUUUUCAAAGGAAGUCCAGAAAAAGAAAAAGAAGGGAGAAGGCGAGUUCUUUGAGUCCGAGAAGGAGGAGAAGAAGACCCUCCCUCAAGACAAGAAGGAUGACCAGAAGACUGUUGAUUCUGCUUUGAUAAAAGCCAUCGAGAGUGUUCCAGACUUGAAGUUUUACCUUGGUGCUAGGUUUUCUUUGAAGCAAGGCCAGAAGCCUCAUGAAUUAGUCUUCUAGAGGAAAGUAGAGUCUUAGAAUUUCUUUUUGAUAUUCUGUUUUGUGUUAAGACUUGGAUCUAAUUGUUGUCUUUUGAUAAUAGACAUUUGCGGAUCAACAGAUUGGUCCAGCGAUUUUGUCUUUAAUUUUGCAUUUGUGGGAAUUCAUUUGAUGAUUUUUAGGCUUCAAAGUUGGCAUAGUAAAAGGAAACGGAUAGAAGAUCUUCUCAUUGGUUUU